AUGGGUGAUGUUGAGAAGGGCAAGAUUUUUGUUCAGAAGUGUGUCCAGUGCCAUACUGUGGGAAAGGGAGGCAAGCAUAAGACUGGGCCAAAUCUCCAUGGUUUAUUUGGGCGAAAGACAGGUCAAGCCCCUGGAUUUUCUUACACAGAUGCCAACAAGAACAAUGGCAUCACCUGGGGAGAGGAGACACUGAUGGAGUAUUUGGAGAAUCCCAAGAAGUACAUCCCUGGAACAAAAAUGAUCUUCGCUGGCAUUAAAAGGCAGGGGAAAGAGCAGGCUUGAUAGCUUAUCUCAAAAAAGCUACUAAGGAGCAAUAGUUGGCCGUUGCCUUAU